AUAGACAUUUAUGGAGACAUUUUGGUCCCCUUAUUGUGGCUCCUGUACUGCCUUACCCGUAUAUUUGAUGCCUUAUGCGUCGACAGCUUGAGAAGUGUCGAAAUGCCUCUUCAAGGUCAUAGAUAUUUAUGGUUUCCUUUUAGUUUGACGCGCGUAUAAUGGAUCAGAUGCUACCCUACCCGUAGAUCUGAUGAUUUCUUUGCGGCAGUGAGCUUAAUACAAUACUUUCGGCGCCGAGUAUCUUGAAGGGAAUAGGUAAGUGGAAUUGUUUGGCCUCAUUCGAGUGAAUAUAAAGCAACAUGCUUCAUUCCCUUCAGAAGUUUCCUCCUCACUCACAAAUAACUCUCCUACAAUUCACAUUCUUUUCAACAUGAAGCAGUAUACACCUCAACUUCUCUGCGCUGCUGCCCUCGCUCAUAGCGCCUCAGCCCAGCUUUACAACAAAGUAAUUCACACUAGCUAUGGACCUGUUCAAGGGAUUCCAGCCUUUAAUUCAUCUCCCAAUGGCAACAUUUCGAAUUGGAAGGAUAUUACUGUAUGGAAGGGUAUUCCAUACGGUGCCGAUACAUCUGGCGAAAACCGCUGGACAGCUCCAAAAAAUGCAACUUCAUGGAAGACUACCUUUCAAGCGAACAAGAUGGGACCCCUUUGUGGACCAGCUAAUCCAUCUACACCCGGCGGUACUGUUAGUGAAGACUGCUUGAACCUCAACAUCUGGACAAAUGGCAAAUCUACAAAUGCUAAGUUACCAGUUGUUCUCUGGUCUUUCCCUGCAGGUGGUGCUGCUGAUCAACCUUUAUUUGAUGGUGCUGGGAUGGCAUCUCAAGGCAUUGUUUUCGUCAAUUACAAUUAUCGUAUCAGUGCACUUGGUUGGCUUUCAACUCCAGAACUUUCGGAAGAAAUGUACAAAGCUACUGGAUCUAACAGCUCUGGAAACUGGGGUCAACUUGAUCAAUUCCACGCUUUGAAGUGGGUACAUGCAAACAUUGCCGCGUUUGGUGGUGAUCCUGACCAUAUUACCGUCAUGGGUCAAUCCGCCGGUUCAGCUGCCGUCUAUCAUUUCGUCAACAGCCCUUUGACAAAAGGACUCAUCGUUGGAGCCAUCGCUGAAUCAGGAACUCGUGAUCCAUACGAUCCUGAAGCUCUUACCCUCGCGGAGAACUACCGCAAUCAAUCUUAUGCUCUCGAAUCCGGCUUAAAAUACAUGGCUUCCAAGAACGUUAGCACCAUAGCCGAAAUGCGAGCUCUUCCUCUCGCUGAUCUUGAAGAACCUGUCUUUGGAUCCACUUUCUCCGAUAACUUUGGAAAUGUUCUCGACGGCUACGCUAUUCCCGCUAAAUAUAUCGAAACACUUGCCACCGGCCCCGCAAACGAUGUUCCCUACAUUACCGGAAAUACUAGAGAUGAAUCCGGAGCAGCUGCCAGCACCAACCUAACCGUUGCCCAAUAUGAAGCUGCAAUUGUAUCCCAAUACGGCCCUUACAAUCUCUCCUCCACCAUGCUCAAACUCUAUCCAGCUGUGAAUUCUUCCCAAGCUUCCAUGGCUUAUAAUGCACACUGGCGCGACACAUCCCGAAUCUCCAGCUGGUCUUUCGCAAACCGCUGGUCCGUAAAAUCUAAAUCGCCUAUCUGGACAUAUUACUGGAAUCAUGCUCCUCCAGGACAAACUCAAGGCGCAUAUCACGAAUCGGAAAUUAACUAUGUUCUUAAUAAUCUCUACGGAACCGAUAAACCAUGGGAAGUGAUUGAUUAUGAAAUCGCCUUGAAGAUGAAUGGAUAUUGGGCUAAUUUUGCUAAGACGGGUAAUCCUAAUAUGGGGGAUUCUUACAAGGGGGAUGGAACGUUGCCAGUGUGGAAUGUGAAUUCCGAGACGGAUAUGCUGACGCUGGAGGUAGGGGAUGGAUUUGCCGGGGUUCCUAUUGGGAGUGUGGAGCAGGUUAAGACUAUUACUGAGUAUUUUUCUUUUCAGAAUCCGGUUUAGAUGGAUUGUGGUAUGGUUUAGAUGAUUGAGUAUGUGAUCGGAGUCGCUGAUUUAGAUGGGUGAUUUUGAGGGAUAUUUUUUUGGGUAUUUAAGCCAGAAAAGCAAGAGCGAGUUAGUAGGAGUGAGUGCUUCAUUUCUUAUAUAUAUAUAUAUUAGUUAAUACAACUCGAUAUGAGAUACAAUUGUACUUAUAUCUCAAAUUCUUCUUUCCUGAUAUACUAUUAUAUUGAGUAAUUAUUU